CCCCCCGGUGACGUUACGGCCGGGCAUGGCCGCCCGAGGUGGGAGGUUCGUCCUCCCUCUCCUCUCGUCCUCCUCGCCGCCGCCGCCGUCCUCCUCGUCGCCCCUGCCUUGAAGCCCGCCCGCCCGCCCGCCGCGGCGAUGGAGACGGUGGAGGAGGCGGCGACGGCGCUGUCCCGCGCGGGGCCCGAGGCUCCGUGGCUGCGUCGCGGUGAGGCGAACCUCGCCGCCCUGUCGUGGCGCCGUCUCUACCUGAGCCGCGCCAAGCUCAAGGCCUCGUCACGCACCUCGGCGCUUCUCUCCGGCUUCGCCAUGGUGGCGAUGGUGGAGGCGCAGCUGGAUGCGCGCUAUACUUACCCACCCGCGCUCCUCGUUUCUUUCUCCGUGUGCACCACCGUGCUGGUCGCCGUGCACCUCUUCGCGCUCAUGGUCAGCACCUGCAUUCUGCCCAAUGUGGAGGCGGCGGUGAGCAAUGUUCACAACCUAAAUGCAGUCGCAGAGUCACCCCAUGAGCGUCUGCAGAAAUACAUCGAGCUGGCGUGGGGCUUCUCCACAGUGCUGGGCACUCUGCUCUUCCUGGCGGAGGUGGUGUUGCUGUGCUGGGUCAAGUUCCUCCCCGUGGGGUCUACAUUAUCGGGGCCGAGGGGAGGAGGGGCUGGGGAGAGUGUUGGGCAAGGAGACCUGAACCAAACUGAGAUGGCACCACCCCCGUCCCUGCCCGUGGGCCUCCAGGCGGCGUGGGCGUCCACGGCGGUGAUGGUGCCAGUGCUGGUGCUGUUCGUGUGCUUCACCGUGCACUUCUACCACUCGCUCGUCAAGCACAAGACGGCGCGGCACAGCCACCAGCUCGACGAGCUCUCCCUGUUGCGCGUGCAGCUCGACCCGCCCGGCAACGCCGUCAACGCAACGCAGCACCACCACGGCGGUGGCGCGGCCCCGCAGCAGCACCACGGACAGCGUGACCGCGUGCAGGCGCACGACAAUGGCCACCAUAACCACGGGCAGCAGCAGCAGCUCAGCUACGGGCGCGGCACCAACCACGGGCAGCACGACGACGGCCUUGACGGCGACCGUCACGGGCACCGCUACAUGCACGGCGAUGGGCACGGGCAGGCGUGAUGGCGAACUCGCUCGUGCGCACAGCCACGGCCAUGAGCACAGCAGCAGCAGCAGCAUUAGCGGCAUCAGCAGCAGCCGUGGGUUUUAGCAGACUGACCGGCGGCGGUGGCGGCUGUCUUGGACCGAACGGCGGCCGUAUGGGUUGGGGACGACAUCGCCGGUUGGUGCCAAUUAAGUGUUUUUUUACCUCCAUCAAAAACAUGACGUCUGUUGUCACUGUAAAGUCAUGAGAGCGGUAAUGAGGAUUGCAUACAUUUCGAGGUGCGGGAGCAGAGGUUUUUUGAGAGUUUCUGUAAAGGAUUUGAAGAAGGAGGAGAGAUGUUUUAAACAUUUACGUGUGUUGCAUCCACUUACAUUAAUCUUGAGUGCAGUUUUCUGGGUUUGGCGUCAGGAAUUGAAUUCAACUCCUGAAAGUUGCCCGCCCACAGCAGCAGCUUGAGGUAGAAACUUGAGAAGAGAAUCGUUCAACACGCAGCCCAUCUCCCAAACACUGCAACUUUUGGGAGAGCGCUGAGCUGUUUCUUCCAGACACGUGUAGCUUGGUUUGAUGGGAGCUUACUGUGGGUUUUGCGGAGCCUCGGAGGUUGGGAAGAAGGAGUCCCCCACACACGUGUGAGUGGUUGGCUGAUGAUGUGGGCCCUCAUGUUAAAGAGGGUGGGCAGGCAGUACGACCCCCCCCCCCCAUCUUGAGACAGGGUAAAGUGAUGGGCAAGGGGAUGAUCUCCCCAGCAAAAACUGCCAGUUAUAUUGCAGGCUGCCUUUUUUAUGUGACAUCAUCACUGCUGUUUGGACCACACAGGACAGGUUCUGCAGAAAGGGAUGGAUUCCCUGGUGGGUCUGCCCUUAAAAUAGUUAGGGGGGAACCACGCCUGUUGUAAACGAGGUAAUGGGGCGCAUCUCUCUUGGUGUACCAAGAAAGGUCCUGGUUUAAAUUAUUGCAACAUCUUGCUCCAUAUGCCAAGGAGAAGCUUGCAGAAGCCACUUUAUGAAUACAGUCAGGGGUGGUGGUCUGGCACAAUGUUAUUUGUCCACCACAGCAGACGUAUCUCCAAGUACGACUGGGCCUACACCUCUGCUUUAUGAACCUCUGAGCUGCAAGCGAAAGAUUUGUUACUCGAAGUCCACCGCUCUUAGCACAGACCGUGGUGGCAUCGCCACCACUGGGUGUGGUGCAUGGCAAGUGGUGUUUUGUCGGCUUUGUUUCCGUCUGCUCGUGUGUGUGUGUUUGUGUCAACAAGCUUGGCACGUGUGUUGUGAUAUCGCCAUCUUUUAGUGGUGAAUAUUUUUGUACUGUGUCUGAUGGUACGCGUAUAUGCGGUUUCUCCCUCGUCGGUUACAUAGCCUCAUGACCUUUCCGUUUCAUCUUCAAUGUCACAAUGGAAAAUAGCGUUCGGGGUAUAUAGGAUGGUGGGUGUGCAGCUAGGUAGGUACAUAGGUAGAUCAGUCUGUGGAUAGGGUGGUGAUUGGUGAGGUGGGUAAAUAUUUAGUUUGGUACAUAUGUAGAUGGCUGGUUCGGUGAGAAGGUAGGAUGACACCUAUUUGUUUAACCACGUGAGAGAACUCGAGAGACCGGGAUAGUCUCAUUUGCAAUAGUUGACCCUUGGUCACUAAAAUGGCAAAAGCAAAUAAAAUAAAGUAGAGCAAUGAUGCGAAUAGAAAUUGGAGCAAAAACAACUGCAUUACAUGAGACGUUGAACAUUUUGCACAGCCAAAUCAAUGUUAAAUAAUAAAUUCCCUGCAGCUUGAGCUGAUUCUGGCAGCUUGUAUUGAGACUGGUCGUUAGAAUAAUGACAUUUAAGCAACAGAAACAUUGGUAAUGUGACGUAGUGUGACUUUUGUAUUAAUAU